AUGUGUAAACUCGAGAAAAAGCUUGACACCCUCCCUGUUAUCCACAACCGACCCCAAAACCCUUUCUUCUCCUACUUCUUCACCGUCGUUCCCUUCCACACCGCCUCCCACCAUAUUUCCGCCAUUAAACCACCAAAUCCUCACCGUCUCUCUUCAUCCAAACACCCUCGUGCUCGGAAUUCGACCCCGAAUACAACCCACCAUACGUUUCAACUGAAUAUUCACUGGAUUAUUCGAAAUCGGGACUCCACUCACGAAAAGCUUUUAUUUUUCUUGCGAAUUUUCGACAUAUCAGGCAUGGCUAGUAGUUCAACAAGCAGGAGGGCCCGGCUGGUGCUGGUGCGAGAGUUGAUCCGGAGCCUCCAGUUCAGGUAUUUGAGGCGAGCAGUCACGAGUCCGAUAGUGGACAGUGAGGAGUAGUGUGGGGAUGGCACGAGGAUGCAGGGGCAGCAGUUGAUACUAUAUCUUUUGUUGAUUAUUUUUAUUUUAUGCUAUUUUGAUCCUCACUUUUGGUCUGUACUGAUAUUUAUACACUUUAAACAGGUUGGUUAGGGAUGGAUGGGUUGGUUGAUGUGAUGAAACUGCUAAACUACUGAUGCAUUUGAAAUAUAUAUGAUGAUAUGUUUUGGUA